AGAAACUUCGCUUGCAGGACAGUACACUUAAACUUUUUAAAGACUUCAACACAACAAAGUUUAAUUAAUAAUUAUAUUUCACGAGGACGACUGUAUUUUUUGCGACUUGUCUGUUGGAAGUUUCUCGAUGAAGUGAUUGACGAGUGGCUUAUUCAGGGAUUAUUCGUACGAAAAUCUUAGAAAUAGCUAUGAACUUACCAAAUUUAGUGUCAUUAACUCUCCGGCAGUUCCUUAGAAGCAGUACUAGAACGCAAUCUCGUUUGAAUUUUUGUAGUAACGGAAAAGUCAGUGAACAUAAUUUGACUGCAGUUUUAGAGAAGCAUUUUAAGGGUGAAGUUCGAGUUUUUGACGUCUCUGGCGGAUGUGGAGCAAUGUUUGAAGUAAACAUCAAGUCACCAGAAUUCAAAGGAAUGUCAUUAGUCAAGCAGCAUCAAAUGGUAAACAAAAUCCUUAAAGAGCAAGUAGCACAAAUGCACGGAAUUAGAAUUUUUACUCAGGCAACUUAGAAAUGUACCAAUAUUGAGAAUAUUAAGCUUCAUAACUGACUGAAUAAAAAUGUUAUGAUUUCAGAUUUAGAUGAUAUUAGAUAUGCUGUAAAUAUCCUGAAAGAUUAAUAAAAUUGUAGAAAUAAAGUCAAAACAGAGUUUUUUUUAUCUUUAAAGAAAUAUAUGAGCUU